AUGUGCGACUGUUUCAACCUGGGCUUCCCCAACUGGCAUGGCUCGCUGGGCACAGGGUCCGGACGAAGGCUGAAGGGACCAGAGCCUGACACGGUGGAUGAUUCAAUAUGUGAAGAGCCAUCUGAGUUUAUAGAGGGGGAGAGACCUCGCCCUCAAGGAUCCUCCCCUGUAGAUGAAUACCCUGAGACUGACAAAUACAAGGACAGUGAUAAACAGGGUGGAGGUGGGAGUGGCAAAAAAGGAAAGAGAGGUUUUGGGUCCCUGUUUGAAAAGCGCUCCCCUGCCAAGAUGAGUCAACUGGAGAGCCCAGAGUCAGGAGUGAUUGUGAAAAUGGCAAAAGAGACAUGUGCCGAGGGCCUUGUUGUAAGUGGAGGGAAGGAGGGAAUCUUCAUCAAGGAAGUGAGGCCAGAGUCACCAGCCUCAAAGCUUCUUAGUGUACAUGAGGGUGAUCAGAUACUCAGUGCCACUGUGUAUUUUGACGAUGUUACAUAUGAAGAUGCUCUACAGAUAUUGGAACAUGCCCAGCCUUACAAGAUGGAGUUACUUCUGAAACGCAAACCAAUAAAGACAUCCACCCUUGAGAGUGAACCAGCCCUUGAAAUCAUCCAAGUGGAAGAAGGUUCCUCUCCGGAAAUGAGGGGACAUUCAAAGACAAAAAAGCAUGGUGACCGAAUCUCUUGGCCCAAGUUCCCCUCCUUCAGCAAAAGUCAAAAGUCCCAUUUUAAGAGGUCUCACAGUACUUCAGAGGCAGAUGAUAAGAGGAAGCUGGAGCUUAGCCCUACAACAAGUGACACAGAGUCGCCAAUAAAAUCUCAGGAGGCUGUUAUGGGAAAGACAAAGAAGCAUAAGAUAAAGAUAUCAAGCAUGAAGAUGAAGGGCCGCAAGAGCAUGUCUGUUGAGCAGCCAGACCAGAACAUACACAUACUAACUGUAGAGCGUGUAGAGGUUAUGGAAAACCAACAGAGUCAAGAUGACAUACACUCACCGGAUGGUCUAGAGAGCGCAUCAGUAGAUACAUCUCAAGUAUAUGUAUUAGAAUCAGAAUCUGAAAAAAUUGAAUCCACCAAGAUAAGAAAUGAAUGCAUUCUUCCAAACCUGGCAGGCUCUGAAACUAAACAACACAAGGUAGAACUCAUUAGUCUGGACAAAACUUUGAAAACCACAGACAUAACAGUUGCUCUUGCUGAUCAAGAAAAAUCUGCCAAGACUUUAGAAAAAUACACUUCUGAGAAAGAAGGAAGUGAGAAAAGCCCUGACUCUGUGGAACAGGACGUCAGCUUGACCUUUUCAGUACACUCAUCGGAUGCUUUUGCAGAUAUUAGUUCAACAGUCACAAGCGAACAAUUUGGUCCAUCAUUGGCCUCUCCAACCAAAGUCACAGUGAAAUACUCUGACCCUAUUGCCACUGAGGUACAGGGUGAUGUCAUCACCUCCAGAGCAAGGACAAAAUUGAUCGCCUUUGAACCCUACUUGGCAGAGAAAGUCACCACUCCAAUGUCCUCUGGAGUUUCCUCCUCAUCAGUGGACACCCUAAAAUUGGAGUCUGGUACACAUGUCAGCACAUCCAAUAUACAAGCAAUACCAGACACACAGAAGGCCACGCUCUUAACAGAUUUUGGAUUGCAGACAGGGACCGCUGGAGUUUCUUCUGCAUCUUGGUCAGUGGACGACACCAACAAAACACAGAGUGAAGGGCAAACAGUUAUUGAGAGGCAUGUAGUUAUGGAAAUGUCAGGCACUGACAGGGAAACGGUUUUCAUAACCCAAAAAGUUACACAUGUGUUUGGGGCUGAGCCCAUCUCAGAUGAAACAGCCUCAUCUAUCAAACAGAUGAAAGACACUAUGCAGUCUGAGAAAAUGAAAUUUUUUGAUGGGGCUGAAUUGGAGUGA